UUGAUAAUUAAAAAAAUCAGGGGAUAUCCAUUAUCAUUUACCACCAAAAUAAAGCCCAAUUUGUCCUUUAACAAUGUAUAAUCCACCUGGAUACACUAAGUAGUUGAGAUGAUAUGUACAUUUGCACUAAGACAUGUCAAAGUUGCAAAACUGUGUUCAGGGCCAGGGGCGGACUGACCAUUUGGAAACCCGGACACUGCCUGAGGGCCCGGGACGCCCCUGGUACCUUUUUCAUAGGCUUUUUUGAGAGUUUGGGCAAGGACACAGGGGCCCCAUGAUCCCCUAUUGCCCGGGGG